AUUGUCAUGUUUUUGUAAAAAUAACCUUGCUAGAUUUAAAUAGUGUAGCGGAUGGGACAGCCCUGCAGAAAGGUAACAUCAGUAAAGUAAACGAAGCUUCUACUGUACAAAGUCACGUGACGUCCAGUGACAAGCGGGGGGAUGUCAUAAAAUCCAAGAAAACUAACUUGUGUACGUUUCCGGGAUAUUACCAAAUUUCGACACGGUGGUUGAGGUUUUGAUUUGAACCACUCAGAAGUUACUCUAUAGUAUAGCAUCAAAUCAUUGUUACUUUGAUGUAUAGAAUUUUAAACGUUUGUAAUAUAAUCAUAUAGGAAUCCUAUGACCGGAUCUAACCAAAUUAAGACCAACCGAUUAUCGCAGUUUCGCUCGAAUAUCUUUCAUUACGCUUCGCAUUGAAAACGCUUUCCAUAUUUCCUGCAACAUUGUGUGUAUCCUACAGUCCAAACUCGGAUUCUUGCUAGAGACCAAAACAAAACCAUUUGAAAAGAAGGCCGUGCAUAGAAUUCCGAGUGUAUACAUUUAGCCUAGCUAGUUUAGGAGAAAAUAGUGGUUUACCUGGAAUACGCCAACCACCAACCAAUUUCUGUUUCGGGAGAGCACGUCAAGCUACUAAAGUAUUUCAUGGAUUUUCUGUGUUUCAGGACACUGUGCUGUAAAGGACCACCGUCUCCCAGACCAGAGUAUGACCUGGUGUGUAUUGGACUCACAGGCUCGGGGAAGACCAGUCUACUCUCCAGACUCUGCAGUGAAGCCACAGACAACAUCGGGCCAACUACGGGUUUUAGCAUCAAAGCUGUUCCAUUCCAGAAUGCCAUUCUAAAUGUGAAGGAACUCGGAGGAGCAGACUCUAUAAAGAAGUACUGGUCGCGGUACUACCAGGGUUCCCAGGGAGUGGUGUUCAUCCUGGACAGUGCCUCCACAGACGAGGAACUGGAGUUGGCCCGCACUGAGCUCCACUCUGCCCUGCAGCACCCCCAGCUCUGCACCUUGCCCUUCCUCAUACUGGCCAACCACCAGGACAAACCUGCCGCUCGCACUACACAGGAGAUAAAGAAGUAUUUUGAGCUGGAGCCUCUGGCCCGAGGGAAGAGCUGGAUUCUAGAAGGCAGCUCAGUGGACAACAUGGAUGCCGUGAAACAGAGCUUCACUCAGCUCAUUGAGCUGCUGGAGGACAAGGACCAAGACACAGGCAGGAUAUGAGCUGGGACCUAAACUAUUGGGAACUACAAAUCCCUCAGGACCUGCUGAGCCACAAGAACUACAAACCACACAGGUCCCACAGGACCUGCUGAGCCACAGGGAACUACAAAUCCCACUUGGGUCGACAGUUAGACCCCACAGGAGCCACAUCCGAGCUACAAAGCCCAUGGGAGGGCAUACCACACAAGCAGUCCAUACCACACAGGCAGUCCAUACCACACAGGCAGUCCAUACCACACAGGCAGUCCAUACCACACAGGCAGUCCAUACCACACAGGCAGUCCAUACCACACAGGCAGUCCAUACCACACAGGCAGGCCAUACCACACAGGCAGGCCAUACCACACAGGCAGGCCAUACCACACAGGCAGGCCAUACCACACAGGCAGUCCAUACCACACAGGUAGGCCAUACCACACAGGCAGUCCAUACCACACAGGUAGGCCAUACCACACAGGCAGUCCAUACCACACAGGCAGGCCAUACCACACAGGCAGUCCAUACCACACAGGCAGGCCAUACCACACAGGCAGGCCAUACCACACAGGCAGGCCAUACCACACAGGCAGGCCAUACCACACAGGCAGUCCAUACCACACAGACAGGCCAUACCACACAGGCAGUCCAUACCACACAGGUAGGCCAUACCACACAGGCAGUCCAUACCACAAUGGAGCAACCUGAUCACAGAGGAACCAUAGAACAUGGAGUCAUUCCCCUCCGCAGAGAAUCUAUGGGCCGCCAGGGUUGUAAUGGUUAGAGAAGUAAAAGACUACCAGCUCUCAAACUGUAGAGACCUGGUGGACUGACUCCCUGAAAGGUAGUGCUGAGUGAUUAACUGAAAUGUCGGUUUAUUUUUGUUUUUUAAAAUAACGAAUCGGUCAACGUCAGUUCAAUUAUUUGAAUACCUUUUACAUCGUUUUUUUUCUGUGCGCUCAAUGUGCCAUUUCUCUAGAGAGAUUUCUCUCUGGGGUAGGUUGUUCAACUCAUCAUACAGUAGUUACGUACAUAAAACGUGUUAAUUAAUACAAUGACCAGAAUCCAUUGUGCCUACAGCUGCCUGUUCUCAUUGGUUCUUGCUGGACAAGCUCUGUGGGCGGAGACGAGAUGAUGACUUGGUAUAAAAUAAUAAGUCACCAAAUAUAUAUUGUUUUAUAUACAGUUGAAGUCAGACGUUUACAUACACUUUAGCCAAAUACAUUUAAACUCAGUUUUUCACAAUUCCUGACAUUUAAUCCUAGUAAAAAUUCCCUGUCUUAGGUCAGUUAGGAUCACCACUUUAUUUUAAGAAGGUGAAAUGUCAGAAUAAUACGAGAGAAUGAUUUAUUUCAGCUUUUAUUUCAUUCAUCACAUUCCUAGUGGGCCAGAAGUUUACAUACAUACACUCAAUUAGUAUUUGGUACCAUUGCCUAUAGAUUGUUUAACUUGGGUCAAAUGUUUCAGGUAGCCUUCCACAAGCUUCCCACAGUCAGUUGGGGGAAUUUUGGCCCAUUCUUCCUGGCAGAGCUGGUGUAACUGAGUCAGGUUUGUAGGCCUCCUUGCUCGCACAUGCUUUUUCAGUUCUGCCCACAAAUUUUCCAUAGAAUUGAGGUCAGGGCUUUGUGAUGGCCACUCCAAUACCUUGACUUUGUUGUCCUUAAGCCAUUUUGCCACAACUUUGGAAGUAUGCUUGGGGUCAUUGUCCAUUUGGAAGACCCAUUUGCGACCAAGCUUUAACUUUCUGACUGAUGUCUUGAGAUGUUGCUUCAAUAUAUCCUCAUCAUUUUCCCUCCUUCAUGAUGCCAUCUAUUUUGUGAAGUGCACCAGACCCUCCUGCAGCAAAGCACCCCACAACAUGAUGCUUCCACCCCCGUGCUUCACAGUUGGGAUGGUGUUCUUCGGCUUGCAAGACUCCCCCUUUUUUCUCCAAAAAUAACGAUGGUCAUUAUGGCCAAACAGUUCUAUUUUGUUUCAUCAGACCAGAGGACAUUUUUCCAAAAAGCACGAUAUUUGUCCUCAUGUGCAGUUGCAAACCAUAAUCUGGCUUUUUUAUGGCUGUUUUAGAGCAGUGGCGUCUUCCUUGCUGAGCGGCCUUUCGGGUUAUGUCAAUAUAGGACUCGUUUUACUAUGGAUAUUGAUACUUUAUACCUGUUUCCUCCAGCAUCUUCACAAGGUCCUUUGCUGUUGUUCUGGGAUUGAUUUGCACUUUUCGCACCAAAGUACGUUAAUCUCUAGGAGACAGAACGCGUCUCCUUCCUGAGUGCUAUGACGGCUGCGUGGUCCCAUGGUGUUUAUACUUGCGUACUAUUAUUUAAAGAGAUGAACUUGGUACCUUCAGGGGUUUGGAAAUUGCUCCCAAGGAUGAACCAGACUUGUGGAGGUCUUAAAUAAUUUCUUUUGAUUUUCCCAUGAUGUCAAGCAAAGGGGCACUGAGUUUGAAAGUAGGCGUUGAAAUACAUCCACAGGUACACCUCCAAUUGACUCAAAUGAUGUCACUUAGCCUAUCAGAAGCUUCUAAAGCCAUGACAUAAUUUUCUGGAAUUUAUCCAAGCUGUUUAAAGGCACAGUCAACUUAGUGUAUGUAAACUUCUGACCCACUGGAAUUGUGAUACAGUGAAUUAUAAAUGAAAUAAUCUGUCUGUAAACAAUUGUUGGAAGAAUUACUUGUGUCAUGCACAAAGUAGAUGUCCUAACUGACUUGCCAAAACUCUAGUUUGUUAACAAGAUAUUUGUGGAGUGGUUGAAAAAUGAGUUUUAAUGAUUCCAACCUAAGUGUAUGUAAACUUACAACUUCAACUAUAUUAUAUAUAUAUAUAUAUAUAUAUAUAUGAGUGUAGAGCAUCUACAGAUGGAUGCCAGAUAGUGUUACAUAGUUUAUUAAUAAGUAAUGGGCAGUCACUACCAUCAUUAGGGUUUUAAUAAUUAAAUAAUAUAUAUACACAACCAAAAUAUAAAACUUGAACCAUAACUGUAAUGGCAGUCACUACCAUCAUUUGUUUAAUUCUGUGUUGUUACAGCCUUGAACACACAAUAUUUUUUUAUUAAAAAAAAUACAUUUAAAAAAUGUAACUGAAAUUGAAGACCGUGAUUAUUUUUUUUUUUAAACAAACCGAAACUGAACAGACCUCAAAAGGCACUAAUCUCUCAGCACUACUGAAAAGGCACUUAUCAUGUUGGAAAUGUAAUGCCUUGCCUUCACUCAAAAUAAAUAUCUGUAUUUAAGACAUACAGACCAUCAGUUUGCCACUAAUGCUUUAUUAUCAAUCUCAUGAUUCACUUCUGAUUGUUCUUGUCCUUUUGAUGACUGAUAGUUGUACAUUGCUACUAGACUGUAUGUAGUUUAGAAUAACUGGAAUAUGUAUUGGGUCAUGCUCAAUGGUUUAGUCCUACAACACUUACUUGUCUGUGACAAAUGUUUUAACUUCAAGGCCUUGAGAUGUGUUUUAAAGCCAAACCUUUAAAAGUGUCUUCACAAACAUCUUAAACCAAGUUGCAGUAUUGUUUUGAAAUAUAUAUUUUUUGCUUAGCUCCACACCAUUGAUUCACAGGUGGACUCUCUCAAUACACAGUAAGAAGAGAUUGAGACUAAAUGUUAAUAGUUGAAUUGAACGCUUUCUCUCUGUUGAUUCACUGAAAUGCAUAUUGUGGAGAAUAAACUUUAGAUGUUAAUUGAGUAUUUUAGUAAUUUGAUAGUAUUACCUUUUUACUGGGGCCAAAACUCCUGUCCCUCUGUGUGUAAGAAACAGUAUAGUGUGAAAUUGAAUGCAGUUUGCACGAUACUGAAGUCAAUGCAGUCUGUCAGGAGGAUUUAACACAUGAUAGUACAGGGCCUUCACAGUGUGUGUACCGUAUGUGUCUGUUUCAUGUACAGUGAUGACGUGGUCCUUUUUUAAUGUUGUUAUUGUCACCUUUGAAUGUAAGAACACACACACUCACACAGGUCAAAGGUUACAGGUUGGUUAUACAGACUCGCUACUCAGAGAGAUGAUAGAAACAUUUCAAAGCUGUUCAUGUACAUUUCUUUGCUUCUUACCAAUGUAACUUUUAUUGGCUGCAUCUACUGGUGGGGAAUGAGUUCAGUUGUCAGUCAGAACACCUCGUGUUGUCUAGAAGUGCCUCAAAAUGCUGUCAAUCAUUAUUAUUAUUAUUAUCAGUGUUGUAAAUCAUCUGCGACUGUUGUCCUAUUCUGAUGACAUGAAGUAAUUUCUUACACCCCCUAAGGGUUAAACUUACCCUUUGGGGUGCCCCACCUAGUUGUCGUGGUUACCAGACUGUCCAUGUGGCCACAGGUAUAUCUCAAGAGUUUUCUGAGCUCUAGAUCUUUAGGAUAUCUUGGAUACGUUUAGUCUUUUUAGAGAGAAGUAUACCAAUACCUGAACAUAUUGUUGUAUUUAUAUUAAUGUAUCUACCACAUUUGUGUGUGUGUAUAUAUAUAUCCUCAUAGCCAAACUCUUCAAGCUGCCUUUUUUUUCUAAUUCAUUUAUACCUAUAUCAAGAUCAAUUUGUACAUUUGUUACAGAUGGUCUUGUUAUAAUCUGGAAGGGCAGGAACGUGUCUGUGUUUAUACUGGAAGAAGAAAUCGACAUUUAGCAGUUUGCUUUAGUGGCUUCGAGUCUAUUCUGAAGUUCUACUGUGUAUCUACAUAAUUUAUGCAUAAUUCCACUUGGCAACAUGGACAAUAAAGGCUAAAUAAGGACA